AUGUUUUGGAUGUUUGCUCAUGUCAAUGCUCGAAGUUAUAAACCAGCAACGAGCAACGUCUUCAACGUUUUAAGUUAUGGAGCCGUGGGCGAUGGUCACAUAGAUGAUUCUCAGGCGUUCUUGAUGGCGUGGAGUGCAGCAAGUCAAUCGCAAAAGGAGAAACCAACAGUGGUCAUUCCAGGAGGAAGGACAUAUUUUCUACCUCCUAUAGCAUUUGCCGGCCUUUGCAAGAGUGCGAACAUUUUGGUUAAGGUUGAUGGGAACAUUGUUGCUCCAGAAUCUCCAAAUGCAUGGAACCAACUGGACGUGAUGACUGCAUAUCUAUUGGAGAUUUCAUUGAUGACAUUCACAUCCAUGACGUUAAGUAACCGAUUAGCACUGGGAGGGAAUGGAUAUGCCAAGGAUUUCUACUUUAAGAACCUCAAUUUUGAUACUGUUUCCAACCCUAUAAUCAUCGAUCAAUAUUACUGCGCAGUGGCAGGUGCCUGCCCACCUCAGAAUGUGACAUACGAGCACUUCACCGGAACAUCAGCUACGCAAGCAGCAGUGGUUUUGAACUGCAGUCAAGCUGUUCCUUGCACAGAGCUAACAUUUAAUAGCAUACAAUUAUCGCCUGCAAAACAGGGAGAAACUGUUAAGUCGGUUUGUAUCAACGCUCAUGGAGAAAGAGCCGGAUUGCUUCAGCCUAAUAUUCCAUGUCUGCUUAAUUGA